UUCAAUUUAAUUCAUGCACCAUUUUCCAUCAAUCUCUUUCGUACAGGUUCUGUUUGGCCUCGUUCUAUUAUUGCCUGUAGUAUUUGGCGUUUUACUGCCUAUACAGGUUGCAAUGCUAAUGAUGUUUUUCUAGCCUGGGCAGCUAUCGAAAGACAUAUUCUUAUUUAUCACAGCAAUUUAAUGAAACGACCUCGUUAUCAAAUAUUAUUUCACUAUGUUCCUUUGGCACUUCUUCUUGUUUAUCUGAUCGGAUUUAAUGCUGCUUGUUUUCUUACACCAACAUGUUUUACAAGCUACAACUUCAAUGUCGUUUUCUGCGAUGCAAGUUGUCUUAAUGCGGUUCCAUUUAUGGCAACUUGGUAUUUAAUGGUUAAUCAAUUGACUGCUGCUAUUAUUGCAAUAGUUUUUAGUUUGGCCUUAUGGCUCCGUGUUAUUUAUCAACGAAAGCGCGCAAAAGGAACUGUCGAAUGGCGUCGUUUAAAUAAACUGACCACUCAAGUACUUGUCAUUACCGUUCUCUUCAUAGUUCUUGAAAUGCCUUAUGCCAUUACAUGUACUAUAAAUUAUUUAAAAAAUAUGGAUGAAUCAAUAAUAUUUGGUUAUGGCAAUUCAAUUAGUCUCUUUCUUUGUUACAUCAUGCCAAUAAUUAUGCCGUUCGCCUGCCUUCUCGGUUUACACAAAGAACUCUGGCCACGACUCAUGAAACCAAUUAAUCAUUUGUUGAAACGAAACGAAAAAGAAAAAAGUUCUGUCGUAGCAACUGAACAAUUAAGUAUUACCAAACAAUAA